GAAUCCACGACGAAGCCGGGCGCACAUUGAUGAUAUCAUCACAGUAAUGCUGACGCUGCUACAGUAGAGCUUGUGGCUCAACCAAAGUAUUAUCUAAUAUUAUCACUAUCAGUCUCCUAAACGUUUUUCCAAAAUGAGCACAAUGUUUGCAGAUACGAUUCUUAUUGUGUUCAUAUCUAUUUGCACAGCAUUAUUAGCGGAAGGUAUAACAUGGGUUCUGGUGUACCGCACAGAGAAAUACAAGAGACUAAAGGCCGAGGUUGAAAAACAAAGUAAAAAACUGGAGAAAAAGAAAGAGACAAUUACGGAAUCAGCUGGGCGUCAACAGAAGAAAAAGAUUGAGAGACAAGAGGAGAAACUCAAGAACAAUAACCGAGAUCUCUCUAUGGUCCGGAUGAAAUCAAUGUUUGCCAUUGGCUUUUGCUUCACUGCUUUGAUGGGCAUGUUCAAUUCCAUCUUUGACGGUCGUGUUGUAGCCAAACUUCCAUUUGUCCCGUUGUCAUAUAUCCAAGGCCUCUCACACCGCAACCUCCUUGGCGAAGAUUACACAGACUGUUCCUUCAUCUUCCUCUACAUCCUGUGCACCAUGUCAAUUCGACAGAAUAUCCAGAAGAUGUUGGGUCUCGCCCCAUCCCGUGCCGCCACCAAACAGGCUGGAGGAUUUUUAGGACCUCCUCCACAAGCUGCAAAGUUUUCAUAAACAUUUGUAGACAGUGGGAUACUUAAAAAGAUCCGACACUCAGCUGUACAUUGUGUGAACGGCACUGAGUGUGAGAGAUUGAUAGUCAGGUUGUGCAGCUAUCAUUACCUUUGAUGACCACAGAAAUGAUGUGCAUUGUGUCUUUUUUUGUUUAAUUGUUGUUUUUAAUCAGGUAAAUUUAUAACUUACAUGCAGUCACAUUUCUAUCAGAAAAUGUUCCUUGAGCAAAGUUUUAAAUUCAGUCUGAAGCAUUUCUGUAAAACUUUGUUGCUCAUAAGGCUACAGAGAUUCUUUGUUGUAACUUAUAAUUUCAUGAUUAUCUACAAGCAAUAUUAUUUAAUAUAACUUCAUAUUUAGAAUUUGAGUGAUUCGUUUUAUUGGUGGAUUCUUAGAAUGUGUUAUUCUUUUCUUUUUUUUGGAUUGUCUGUGUAAAAGUUUUAAGUUGAAGGAUUUUGUGAGUUUAGACCUUAAACCCUUGAGCUUUUGUUACUCUAGUUUUUAUUCUGAUUAUUAUUUAACUAUUUAAUGUUCAAAUUGCAUUCGUACAUGAUUAAAUGAAUGAAAAGGAGU